CAGACCUUUGUCCGGCGGAAUAGCGUUUACGUUGCAACCAUCAUCGUGGGAGCAUUCGUGGGAGAGAAGGCCGUGCACGCUAUCGGCGAUGGAUUGUGGGAGUCAAACAACCAGGGGGUGCGCACCCAGCCGCUGCGCUGUACUGUGCGCUGUGGAGCCUGGCCCUCGCUCGGUUGGCAGGCUCGCGCCUGUGCGCAUGGUGGCAGUGAAUACGCCAUGCCCGCCUGGCUGCAGAUGUGCUGCCUUUCCCCUGCUCUGACCCGCUGCUUGCCGCGUUUGUGUAUGUCUGUUUUGCGCAGAAGCUGUUCAAGCACAUGA